CGGCUCCGCUCGCCGCCUUCCCGGGCCGCCUGGCCGUGCCAGCCGCCGCCGCUCUUCGUCACCCGCCUGGCCGGGCCGGCGGCAGGCCUGAGAGAGGCGGGAAGGAUGCCCUGCACACCCCGCCGCUGAGGGAGACUCGGGGGCCCUGCGCGCCGCGUCUGGCCAGCCCCACCCCAGCCGCUGCUCGGCCCUUCGCCUCCAGCGGCGCGGAACUUCCUUCUCCCCGAUCCCCCUUUCCCUGGGUUUCCUUUCCCCCGGACUAGGCAGGAGCCGCUUCCCCCUCGCCCCCAGCCCGCUCCACCUCCCAGGCCUCUCUGCCCAGGCCUCCUCCGGGUCUCUUCCUCCGCCUGGGCCUUCGGGCUCCUCACCUUCCUUCCUCCCUUUCCUUCCCCUUCCCCGCCCGGAGCCAUGUCCUCCGCCGCUCGUUUCGAUUCGUCGGACCGCUCCAGCUGGUACGUGGGCCCGGUGUCCCGGGCGGAGGCGCAGACGCGGCUGCAGGGGCAGCGGCACGGCAUGUUCCUGGUGCGGGACUCGUCCACCUGCCCCGGGGACUACGUGCUCUCGGUGUCCGAGAACUCCCGUGUCUCCCACUACAUCAUCAACUCCCUGCCCAACCGCCGCUUUAAGAUCGGCGACCAGGAGUUCGAGCACCUGCCCGCCCUGCUGGAGUUCUACAAGAUCCACUACCUGGACACCACCACCCUGAUCGAGCCCGCGCCCAGGUACCCAAGCCCCCCCAUGGGAUCUGGAUCUGCCCCUGCCAUGCCCCCUGCAGAGGAGAACCUGGAGUACGUUCGGACUCUCUAUGACUUCCACGGCAACGACGCCGAGGAUCUUCCCUUCAAAAAGGGAGAGCUGCUGGCAAUCGUGGAGAAGCCAGAGGAACAGUGGUGGAGUGCCAGAAACAAGGAGGGUCGGAUUGGGAUGAUCCCUGUUCCUUAUGUAGAAAAGCUGGGCAGGCCCUCAGUGGGGAAGCAUGGCAACAGGAAUUCCAACAGUUACGGGAUCCCAGAACCUGCCCACGCCUACGCGCAGCCUCAGACCGCAACUCCCCUGCCCUCCGCGUCCAGCACGCCUGGAGCAGUGAUCAACCCUCUGCCAUCCACACAGAAUGGACCAGUCUAUGCCAAAGCUGUCCAAAAGAGAGUUCCCUGUGCUUAUGACAAGACUGCGCUGGCAUUAGAGGUUGGGGACAUUGUGAAGGUGACGAGGAUGAACAUCAACGGGCAGUGGGAAGGGGAGGUGAACGGGAGGAAAGGGCUCUUCCCAUUCACGCACGUGCAGCUCUUCGACCCUCAGAACCCCGAGGAGAACGAGUGACUCCCCUGCCCCUCUCACUGCUGCUUCAUUCUCCUGGCUACCAUUGGCAUUCUUUGAGGUGGGAUGAUGACUUAAUGGCACGUUGCUAGCAUUGCCCAUUUUCCAGCUUGCUGCAGUUUGACAGUUUCUUUAAUGUACAUUUGGAAUUCAUACAACUGAAGUCACUGCCUGACCUUCAGACCAUAGUUACAUCAUCCAGAAUUUAGUUUCACUUUUAAAACUGUUUUGGGCCUUAAGCUGGACAAGACUGAACCGGAAUAUAGCAGAGAGGUUUGGGAAGGAAACCUUUCCUGUUGAGACUUCCAUGGACUUUUUUCUGGUUUGCUCAGUAGGAAGAGCCCUAAUCUUAGAUCAAACGAGCAAUUCCGUGCAUUACUGUCCAACAAAGAGCAACAACAAAAAUGCAAUUUUAGAACUGAAGAAGAUUUAGUUUUGAAAUUACCUGUGCUAAGGUAGUACAUUUAAAAUGAUGGUUUCUUUAAAGGACAAUAAUUGGAGCUUAUGUGUUCUAAGCAGUUGUAUUAGACACUGCUCUUUUCUGUUAAUCCUUGAGCUUGUUGUUGACCUUCCUGAAACAGUGUGUGUUACAUGCAAAUAACCAUUGAUUCGGCUGCAUUGAAGCUGAGGCAUUUAUUUAUAAGGAAACCCAGGAGGAGGUUGUACUUGUAACUUGGUUUUGACAUAUUUAAUGCAUUUCUGUUGAUUUUUGCAAGCACUAACUGUAGAAAGUGAGCUUUAAGGGGAAACACAUUGGCCUGGUCUACAAACAGCUCUUCUGCAGUGUUGAAAGUGUAGUUUGACUAGUACAGAAGUGCUUGUCAUCAAGCUGUUACUUGGUAGACAGAUCAGACUGCCAUGAGGAGAGAUAGGGGUGGGACAGAAGAACUUGGUAAAUACUGAUAAAAUCCUCUUAUUUAAACAUUUAAAGACCUUUUAUAUCCAUUUCUCUGCAGGCUCCCUGCUCUCUCCAAAGUUUCCUAGCUGUACCAGCCCCAGCUCAUCAAAAGCUGCUUUUCAAACACAGUAACUUUUUACCAGGGUGUCUGUGUUGCUGUGCUUCUCUUCCAGAGCUGCUUUCAUCUUCUUUUUCCCUUCCUUUUUUUUCCUUGCUUGCAUCCCAACUCCUCUGCAUGCUGACAUCUUUCUUUUACCCUCCCUGAGACAUUGGCUGUGAUUUAUAUACGACCCACGUCCCUCCCUCCCAGCAUCCUGUAGAGAAUGGUCA